GGGGGUGGGUGUGGAGGAACCCCCCUGCAUCUCUGGCGUUGUGUUGCAGGGUAGGCUUUGCGCGGAGCACAGAGGCAGCCAGACCCGACGACGUGGAGGUGGGAGCUAGGGAGGCGGCUGCUUGGCGGAAGCUCGUGAGAGGGGGCUUCCGGGGAUGCCGGCACGUCUGGCUUUUAGGCUUCAGGGUUCUAGGCCUUGUAAACCUUCACAGCCGUCCCCAGGUACACUGCAUGCUUCCUUCUCUUCUCGGCAGUCUCACAUCUAAAACAUGGCUACGGAUUGGCUAGGGAGUAUUGUGUCCAUCAACUGUGGAGAUAGCUUGGGUGUCUAUCAGGGAAGAGUGUCAGCAGUGGAUCAGGUGAGCCAGACCAUUUCUCUCACCCGGCCAUUCCACAAUGGAGUGAAGUGCCUCGUGCCAGAAGUCACCUUCAGGGCAGGUGACAUUACAGAGUUAAAAAUUCUGGAGAUACCAGGUCCUGGAGACAACCAACAUUUUGGAGAUCUUCAUCAGACGGAAUUAGGCCCCUCUGGUAUUGGGUUCCAAGUAGGUAUCAAUCAGAAUGGCACAGGCAAAUUGGUCAAGAAGCCAGCGUCUACCAGCAGUGCCCCUCAGAAUAUCCCUAGGAGGACAGAUGUGAAGAGCCAAGAUGUUGCCAUUUCCCCACAACAGCAGCAGUGCUCAAAAAGCUAUGUGGACAGGCACAUGGAAUCCUUGAGUCAGUCUAAAAGUUUCCGUCGUCGGCACAACUCGUGGUCCUCUAGUAGCAGACACCCAAACCAAGCAACUCCAAAGAAAAGUGGCUUAAAGAAUGGCCAGAUGAAGAAUAAAGAUGAUGAGUGCUUUGGGGAUGAUAUUGAGGAGAUUCCAGACACAGAUUUUGAUUUUGAAGGGAACCUGGCUCUUUUUGACAAAGCAGCUGUGUUUGAGGAGAUUGAUACAUAUGAGAGGAGAAGUGGUACCCGUUCCAGGGGCAUCCCAAAUGAAAGGCCUACUCGGUAUCGCCACGAUGAGAACAUCCUAGAGUCAGAACCCAUUGUCUAUCGACGGAUCACUGUGCCCCACAGCAUGAGCAAAGAGUUCUGCACAGAUUCUGGCCUGGUUGUCCCAAGUGUUUCCUAUGAGCUGCAUAAAAAGCUGUUAUCUGUGGCUGAGAAGCACGGAUUAACUCUGGAGCGCAGACUGGAGAUGACAGGCGUGUGUGCUAGUCAGAUGGCACUGACUCUCCUCGGAGGACCCAACAGGUUGAAUCCCAAAAAUGUUCACCAGAGGCCUACAGUGGCGCUGUUAUGUGGGCCCCAUGUGAAGGGGGCCCAGGGUAUCAGCUGUGGAAGGCACCUAGCCAAUCAUGAUGUCCAGGUCAUCCUCUUCCUACCCAACUUUGUCAAGAUGCUGGAGUCCAUCACCAAUGAGCUGUCUCUCUUCAGCAAGACCCAAGGCCAACAAGUGUCUAGCCUCAAAGAUCUGCCAACUAGUCCUGUGGACCUGGUGAUCAACUGCCUCGACUGCCCUGAGAACGCCUUCCUGCGGGACCAGCCCUGGUACAAGGCCGCAGUGGCCUGGGCCAACCAGAACCGGGCACCAGUCCUCAGCAUAGACCCUCCUGUGCAUGAAGUCGAACAGGGCAUUGAUGCCAAAUGGUCACUGGCUCUGGGCCUGCCUCUGCCGCUAGGAGAGCAUGCAGGCCGCAUCUAUUUGUGUGAUAUUGGCAUUCCCCAGCAGGUAUUCCAGGAGGUGGGUAUCAACUACCACUCACCCUUUGGCUGCAAAUUUGUCAUCCCACUGCACUCUGCCUAGAGGGACUCUGGGCAUGCUGAACCCUGCAGUCCCUGCUGCUCCUGACACUGAACUUGACAACGAACGCCUUAAGGAUGUGAAACUUCAUGGACAUUGUUAAUUUUUUUCUUU